AUGGAAGAAGAUGAGCAAGAGCAGCGGCGCAGAAAAGUGGAGGCCGGGAGAGCGAAGCUUGCUCACUUCCGACAGAGAAAAACAAAAGGUGACUGUGCGCAUUCGAAGAAAACGCCGGCGAAGAGGGAGGGCGCGGCUGUCCAUGCGCCUGACCAGGAGGAGAGUCCGGUAGCUGCGGCCGAGGCCGGCGGACUCCUGGGAGGCCGGGACGUUGGCAAGAACACGCCGUGCAGCGACACCCCUGAUGGCGCAGGAGUCCCCCAGCUGCAGGAGCCCGGUGGAGCGGGGAUGCCGCAGAAGCUGGAAGGCGACGGUCCGGAGCAGCCUGGGGUGAUGACGAAGGAGCUGGAGCUGGAAGUGCUGCGCCUGAGCCUGAGCGACAUGCACGCGGCGCGGCUGGAGCUGACACAGGCGCACCUGCAGCGCGAGAAGGAGGCGGCACUGGCUGAGCUGCGUGCCGAGCUCGCUGGGCGGCAUGCUCAGGAGCGGGCCCUGCUGCAGAGCCGCGCGUGCCGGGAGCUGGAGCUGGUCCGGGAGGAGGCAGGUACGCUCGGCGGCCGGCCCGUGGCUGAGCUGAAGGAGAAGCUACAAUCAGAAAUGGAGAAAAAUGCCCAGAUGAUAGAGACCCUGAAGCAAGACUGGGAAUCCGAGAGAGACUUGAGCUUAGAAAACCUACGCCGAGAAUUAUUGGAAAGGCACCGGUCAGAACUGGAGAAUUUACAAAACCAGUUUAAGAAAGAAUUGGCAGAACAGAAGGCUGAGUUGGAGAAGGUUUUUCAAGACAAAAAUCAGGCUGAAUUUUCCCUUCAGACUCAGGAGGCUCAGCACGAGGCGGCCCUGAGCAAGUUACGCGCGGACCUGCAGUUGGAACACUGCCAGUACGUGGAAGACCUGGAGCUGAAAUUCAGAGAAAAGGAAAAGGAAAAGCAGCUUGAGUUGAAGAGCCUGUGCGCCUCGUACACGGAGCUGCAGGCCCAGUCACAGGACGAGAUCCGGCGCCCGGGGGCCCAGCUGGAGUCUGCAAGGUCCAGGAGGCAGGAGCCGAGUGAGUUACCCAAGCAGCUCCUGGCCCAAGCGUCUCACGUGGAGGGGCUAGAACACCUGACACGGGCCUUAGAGCAGCAGCAGCAGGAGAGAACCAGGCAUGAGGCUCAACUGGAACAGCUGAGAAUCUCUUCUGAAGAGAAGUUGAGGGAGGCUGAGAGGGGCCAGCAGGAGGACCUGACCCUGUUACAGCAGCAGCUGCAGGGCGGGAAGGACAACUCCCCGACGGAGGCUGUGGCAAUCAGUGCCCGUUCAGAAGAGACGCCUGAAGGAGGAGGAAGAGACCGUCUUGAUCAACUCGACCUUCAGCCGGAGCAGCACGAGGUGAUGGGACACCGCACCGUCACACUGCCGCUCUCUACGAGCUCCCCAACCGCCUGCGUCGUGUGUGUUGAUGACCGGAGAGUGAAGCGCUGGGUGUUCACACGGCUCUCUGUGACAGUGGAAGCCUUCUGCGCCUGUUCUGAUGCAGAGCUCCGAGGAGCCAGUGGCUCCCCUGUCCUCCUGCCCCCGGCGCUGGCGGUGGAGGGGACGUUCUGGGCGGUGACUGAUUCCCACGAGAGCCACCUGCACACGCUGGCCGUUCACUUUGCAGUGUGGGGGUACCCCAUGGCCGCUGCUCGGCACACUCCUGCCAGCCGGUGCCUGGGCCACGCUUGGCUCUUCAUCGAGCCUGGGACGGUGAUGGGCCCUGGCCAGAGGAGCUCUGGGGGUGCCAGGUCACCUGAGCUCGCCCGGGUGCCCCUCCUGUGUGCACACAGCACGGCCUUGGAGGUGGCAGCCGGAGACUUGGGUCUGGAGACCAUGCACAAGGCUCAUCUCCUGCUUCUUCUGACGGAGCUCAAGGAAGAAAUCGACCUCUUAAAGGUAGAAAAUAGAAAUUUACACGAGAAAUUGCAGCACGAAAUCCGCCUAAAAGAGGACUUGGAGCAAGUGAAAUGUACUUUAGUUGAAGCCCACCAGGAAGCGCUGAGGAGCGCUGAGGAGAAGCUUGAGCUAACGAGACGAGGACUCGGCGAGAGAGCGGCCGAGUGGGAAGUCACGAGUGAGGACCUGAGGAGAGGGGCCGAAGAGAGGCCGACGCAGCUGCUCCUCGAGCUGCGGGAACAGGCCGAGUCCGAGAAGCUGUCCAUGAUGCACAGGUUUGAGCUUCGAGAAGCCGAAAUGAGGCAGCUGCAGGACCAGCAGGCGGCCCAGAUCCUGGACCUGGAGGGGUCGCUGAUGGAGCAGCAGGGCCGCCUGAGGCAGCUGGAGCUGGGGCUCUCAGGGGACGAGUCUCUGCAGUGCAGCCAGUGUGGCCGGGAGCUGGGCGGUGGUCUGGCCCCCACGGACCGGGACCACCUGAAGGAGGACUGUGCCCUCCAGCUGCAGCUGGCCCAGAGCAGGUUUUUAGAAGAACGUAGAGAAAUCACAGAGAAAUUUGCCGCAGAGCAAGACACCUUCCUGCGGGAGGCCCGGGAGAAGCACGCCCGCGAGCUCCAGCUGCUCCAGGAGAGACACCGGCAGCACGUCCUGUCCUUGACGGCGGAGCUGGAGACCCGGCACCAGGCUGAGGUGGACACGCUGAGGGCUUCUUUGGAGCGAGAGUGGUGGGCUCUCUCAGAAGCCCGUGUGGCUGAGCUGCAGGCAAAACAUGCUGCGGAAAUCAGUGCUUUGGAGACCAGACACGCGUCACGCCUGGACGCUUUGGAGUCGCGUUACCUGUCUGAGAUGCAGACCUUGCGGGGCCUGGAGCUGCUGGGCCUAGAGGAGCAGCUACAGAAAGAGGAUGCUUCUCACCCCAUGGUCUUGACUUGGGUGUUAGAGAAGCUGAAGCUGAAACACGAUGAAGAGCCCCAGUCCACAGAGGACGGCCUGAGAACGGGAGAGAACACAGAGCAUGUGGAGGGUGUGAGAGCCUCCCGGCUGCGCAGAGCUCGCCAGGGUGAAUUUGAAAGUGAAAAGAAAGCUGCUUUGCAUGAAAAAGAGGCGAUACAUAAACUUGAGCGCGAGCAGGCACAGUCUCUUUACCAAAAAGAGAAAGAGUCUCUGUCUCUGCAGCUUCGGGAGAAGAAUAACCAAAUUCUGCAGCUAAAAGACCAGAUUUUAUCCUUAAGUCGUGAGAUAGAAGAGCGCCAUUCCGAACUGGAGAGGCUUCAGCAAAGGCGGGAAAGGGAGAACCAGGAGGAAACAGCUCUCAUCUCAAUGCUCAAGUCCGACAUCGACCUGUCCCACGGCGAGAGGAGAGCUCUCCAGGACGCCCUGAGGAGGCUGCUGGGCCUGUUUGGGGAGACGCUCAAGGCCACCGUUGCCCUGAAGAGCCGCAUCGGCGAGCGCGUGGGGCUCUGCCUGGAGGACGAGAGCCCGCCGGCAGGUGAGUGCCGACAGCCCUCCCCAGCCCUGGACGAGGUGUGGCCCGGGCUCGACGCGGCCCUGCCGGAGCUGGACAGCACGUCACCCGAGUGUGCCGAGACGUCGUCAGUGGCUGAGAUCAGCAGCCGUGUCUGUGAGAGUUUCUUCAUGAGCCCAGAAAGCACGGUGGAGUAUGAGCGGCCUGUCAGGAGGGCCUACCGGAGCCUGGGCCUGGCGGUGGACGGCCUGCUGGAGAUGGUCCUGGACUCCAGCAGGCAGCUGGAGGAAGCACGUCAGAUUCAUUCUCGUCUUGAGAAGGAGUUCAGCUGCAAGAGCGAGGAGACGGCGCAGGUGGUGCGGAAGCACCAGGAGCUGCUGGAGCACCUGGACGCGGAGAGCGCAGCCAAGGCCCGGCUCGAGCUGGCGCUGCACACGGCAGAGGGCAUCGUCGAGGGCUUCACAGAGGAGAGGGCCGGCCUGCAGGAGGCGCUGAGCCGGAAGGAGGCGAUUGAGCAGGGCCUGGUGGCCGAGCUGGAGGGCCUGAGGCAGCAGCUGCAGUGUGCGGCCCGGCGGCAGGCGGAGCUGCAGGAGGAGAGCUCCGUGCUGCGGGGCCAGAAGGCAGCCUUGGCUGUGGAAGCCGGAGAGAGGGAGGCCGCUCUUCAGAAGGAAGUGGAGUCGCUCACCAAGGAGCAUUCGGAGACCAAGGAGCAGUCGGAGAAGGACCGCUCAGCGCUGCUGUCCCAGAUGAGGCUCCUAGAGGCAGAGCUGGAGGAGCAGCUCUCGCGGCAGCAGGCGUGUGCCCGGCAGGCCGAGGAGCUCUCCGCCCUGAGGCAGCAGAUGGGCUCCCUGGACCAGCAGCUGCGCCGCCAGCGCCAGUUCAUGGACGCGCAGGCGGUGGAGCGGGAACGAGAGCGCGAGGACUUCCAGCAGGAGAUCCAGAGGCUGGAGGAACAGCUCCGCCAGGCAGCCCGGCCGCGACUGCCGGGUCCCCGCGACAGCGACGUAAGUCAGCCCCUGGAUGGUGAGAUUGAAUUGUUAGAAGAAAAAUUGAGAGAAAAAUCAGACGGACUUAAUGAACUGAUUAUAAAGAAAGAGUUGGCAGACAGACAAGUAUUAAUCCAGAAAGAGGAGAUUAAACGUCUGCAGGAGACGAACGCCAGCACCGCAAGAAAACUGAUGCAGCUCCAGGGAGAACUGGAGAGACAGCGGAAAGCUGCGAGGGACCUGGAGCAGGACAAAGAGGCAUUACAGGAACAGCAGAUGAGUAACUUGCUCCUGGUGUCCACACUACAGUCUAAACUGGAUGAGGGCAAAUGCCUGGGGUCACCUGCGGGCAACCGUCCUGACGAUGCAGAAGUCCAGCUGGAGGCGGUGCACAGGACGCUGCUGCAGCAUGAGGACGAGGUUGUGUUUAACAGAAGUUCUGAAAUUGAAGAGCUGAAAUCCAUUAUUGAGAAUUUGCGAGAGAACCAAGAGAGGUUACAGAGGGAUAAAGCACAGGAGAUUGAACAGCUCCAUGAGGUCAUCGAGAAACUGCAGAGGGAGCUCCCGCUCGGGGGACCCGCAGCGCCCCAGGCCGGUGACGGCAGAGCCGCCAGCCUGCAGAGCGAGCUGCUGGGCCUCCCGGCCGAAGGAGCCAAGGCCUGCGCGGAGCUGGAGGGCGAGCUGCGUGCCGCCCUCGAGGCCAAGGAGGCCCUGAGCCGGCUGCUGGCCGAGCAGGAGCGCGGGCAUGGCCAGGCCCUCGAGGCCCUCCAGCAGCGCCUGCAGGCCGCAGAGGAGGUGGCCGUGCGGCAGCUGGCCGCGUCGGGGCCCGGCGCCGCCCUCAGGGAGGCCGAGGUCCAUGCCCUGGCCUCCCAGAUCCGCGAGUUCGAAGCUGCCCUGCGAGCCAAGGAAGCGAAGAUCGCAGAGAGAGAGUUAGAAAUCGACGCUCUGCACCAGCAGAAGUCAGCCCACUCUGCCGAGCUGGAGGCCAUCCUGGCGGCCGUGGCCUGCUUCCGCUGCGCCCUAGAGCAGCAGCUCCUGGCGGCCUCUGGGGAGCCCCCCGAGCUGCAGCGGCUCCGGGCGCAGUGCGUCCGCCUCAGCUGCCAGCUGCAGGCGCUCAACCAGCGCUUCCUGAGGUGCCAGAAGGAGCCGGACGAGUGGCAGGCACACGGGGCCCAAGUGGCAGGCAGUUCCGGGUGGCGGGCGUCCUGGGGAGAAGACGCCUCCUGCCACGAAGAGGGGGAACAGGAUGUGUGUGGCAGGUGGCUGGCCGAGGCCCCCCACAGCCAUGGCGGUGGCCCACAGGUGGGGGGCCGGGCUGUGUCCGGGGAGCUGGGGGUGCACGUGGGGGGCCGGGCUGUGUCCGGCGAGCUGGGGGUGCAGAGCCCUAUUAAGGAGGACCCGCAGCUGGCCAAAGCCCUGCCGACGUUGACCCGCGCGGGUCUCAGCCAGCAGGACAGCGUGAUGUCGGUGCUCGCGGUCUGCCAGCGGCAACUGGAGUCUGAGCUGCUCUUAGUGAAAAAGGAAAUGUGCCUGCCUGCAGAGAGCGGAGUGUCGGGAGCAGCGAAGGGUAAGGAAAAACUACUGGAAGAUUGUCAGCUGCAGAAAGUUGAUCUCAUAGAUCAGGUGAAACAACUUCAAGAAAAACUGAACCAUCUGGUACAUUGCAUGAGCUUCCAAAACGGGACCAAGCCCUUGAAGAAAGUGCUCAGGACGAUGGACCUGUCCUCCUGGAGCUCCCCCGAGGUCGUCAGGAAGGACUCAAUCUCUGAGUGCCCCCCCAGCCUGCCCCUCACACCCUGCUCGGAUGCCCUGAGCCAGCGCAGUCUGGACACCUCCCUGUGGGACGGGACAAGCACCCAGCUGCUCCAGGCUGACCAGUUGGGGCUGCUUUGUUCCCCGGGCGAGUCAGCGGCAGGAAUGGCCCCUAAGUGGGCGGGGUCUCCAUUAGCUGCAGACGGGGCCCCCUCCACCGACCACCAUGCUCAGCGGGUGCCUGUGGAGAAAGAUGUUGAAGAUUUUAUCAUAACGUCUCUUGAUUCUCAAGAAAAGUCAAGAUCACCUCCUCUUGGGUUAGAAGGAAAAAGCGAUGGAAAAAGUGAUGGCGCGGGGUUUGGAGAGACACUAAGCCAAGGCUCGGGAAGACUGGGAGCGCCCACUGCUGGUCACGCAGCGCCUCUCACCCCCCAGGGGUUCCGACGGCCGCUGGGCGCCAGGAAGGAGAAGGAAGUCCAUCCGAAGCAAGUGAAGGCUUUGCUGCAGAUGGUGUGUGACGAGAGCCACCACAUCCUGGCCCUGUCCGAAUACCGUGGACCCCCGAGCAUCCUGAGCAGGGGCGAGCCCAGACCCCCGAAGGGGGAGAAGGAAACUUCCAACGUGGGCCUCGAUUGGAGAGGGCAGUUUCUGCAGAUCGUGCAAGAGGCCUUUGAAAAGGAGCGGGAGAUACUGAGAGUCGAGGUGUGGCCCCGGCCCUGUGGCUCAGGCCCUGGGGGCUGCGGCUCCCUGUUGGAGAGGCUGGAGAAGAUGGUCCAGGAGCAGGGGGACCUGCAGGAGAGGUCCUUGGAGCACCUCCGCCCGUCAGACAGGAGCAGCCUGAUGUCUGAGAUCCAGGCUUUGCGCGCCCAGCUGCGGAUGACGCACCUACAGAACCAGGAGAAGCUGCAGCAGCUGUGCGUGGCACUGACCAGUGCGGAGGCCCGUGGGAGCCGCCAGGAGCACCAGCUGCGGAGGCAGGUUGAGUUAUUGGUGUAUAAGGUUGAGCAGGAAAAAUGUAUGGUAAGCGACCUGCAGAAAAGCCUGAACGAAGAGCAGGAGAAAGCAAAUAACGUCCAGAAGCUGCUGCUGGUGGAACAGAACACAGUCAGAGAUCUGAAAUCUGAGCUCUGCGAGUGUAGACAGGACAAGGAGCGGCUGCUGAAGUGCCUGGACGAGGUGCAGAAGGAGGUCCUUCAGCUGAGGUCGGUGCUGGACAGUAAGGAGGAUGACCUGCAGGCCGCUCUGCAGCAGCUGGAGGCCGAGCGCACCAAGGAACGGGUCCUGCAGAGCCGGCUGGAAGAGGAGCGGCUGCAGUGCCUGCAGAGGGAGAGCCAGAGCGCCAGGACCCUGGAGGAGUUAAGGGCGUCUCUGGAGAAGCAAUGUGCUCACAGUGACCAGCUGCGCGUGGCGCUGGAACACGAGCAGACGGCGAGGGACAACCUCCGGAAGGAGCUGCAGAUCGAGGCCUCGCGCUGCGAGGCGCUGCUGGCGCAGGAGCGUGGCCGCCUCUCGGAGCUGGAGCGGACCCUGGAGGCCGAGCAGGGCCGCUCCCGCGAGCUGUCCGAGGCCCUGCAGCACGAGCGCCGGCUCACAGAGCGGCUGAGCCGGCGGCCUCAGGACAAGCAGGCGCAGCCGGCUCUGCUGCAGAAGCUCAGGGGCUGCGAGGCCCGCGUGCUGGAGCUGGAGGUGGCGCUGGAGGCCACGCGGCAGCGAGCCCUGGAGGCUGAGGCCCACGUGCACCGCCAGGACGUGGAGAGGGAGCAGGAGCGGGAGUUAGAGCUGCAGCGCCAGCGGGAUGAGCACAAGAUCCUGCAGCUCCAGCGGACGGUGAGGGAGCUGCAGGCGAGGGAGCCCGCGCGACCCCGGGAGCAGCAGCGGGGCCUAGAGAAGGUGCGGCAGCAGCUGCUCUGUGCUGCGGGGCUUCUGACCAGCUUCAUCAACCAGACAGUGGACAGGACCAUCAGUGAUUGGACGUCGUCAAACGAGAAGGCAGUGGCGUCCUUGCUUCACACGCUGGAGACGCUCAAGUCUGAACUGGGCGCGUCCAGCUCCUGCCGGAAGAAGACGACGGUGGAGCUGCAGGUCCAGCUGGUGGACGUCCUGCUGAAGGACAACGAGUCCCUGAGCCGAGCGCUCAGCACGGUGACGCGGGAGAGGGCGGAGCUGUGCAGGGCCAUGUCCCGGCUGGAGAGGAGCCCCCGGGCCCCGGGGACCCCGCAGGAGGGCUGUGCGCGCAGGCGCUGUGGGGUUAAGGGGGCUCCUUUGCUCGUGGGGCCCAACCGCCGGCAGACCCGUGGCCCUGUGCCUUGUCGGGAGGGACUGCAAAGGCGAGAGGUGCCGUUGGCGCUGAGCACGGCCGCCUGCUCCCAUGGGGGCUCCUUGUUCAGAAGGUCGGACAGGUCUGUGUGGAAGCAGGACAGGAUGGUCUCGCCGGGCUCAGCACGACACCCAGACCUAGCACUGCCCACACCAGAAGCUGGCACCUGCAAUGCCAAGAUGGAAAAAUUGUACUUGCAUUAUCUGAGAGCAGAGAGCUUUAGAAAAGCCCUGAUUUAUCAAAAGAAGUAUCUUUUGCUGUUGAUUGGUGGAUUCCAGGACUCUGAACAAGAGACGCUCUCCAUGAUCGCGCACUUGGGAGUAUUUCCUUCCAAGGCAGAUAAGAAAGCGGUGGCGGCACGCCCUUUCACGAAAUUCCGCACUGCCGUCAGGGUGGUGAUCGCUGUCUUAAGGUUACGCUUUCUGGUUAAGAAAUGGCAACAAGUAGAUGGCAGAGGAGCCCUAGCGCCAGGCCGAGCACCCCGCCCAGGUACCCCCCACCCCAUGCCACCCGUGGGCUUCUUCAGUGCCCAGCUGGAGGGAGGUCGCAAAGCACAAUCCAAUCCGUCCCCAAAUCCCAGAUCAGAAAGAUCCCUGACUGCUUCUCAAGAUCCGGAACAUUCCUUGACGGAAUACAUUCACCAUUUAGAAAUGAUCCAGCAAAGACUGGGAGACGUGCCACCAGAUUCUACUUCCGAGAAGUCCUGCUGCCAGAAGAGUAAACAGUGA